GGCAUCACCACUACGAACGAGUGGCGUUCGCGUUCGCCAGCUUGUCUCCGUUUCUCGGUAAUUGUGGCCGGUCGCUCGUUCGCGAUUACAUUUUCUUAAAAGCCAGCAUCAUUACUUUAAUUAUCGCGAUUAACAUGGCUCGGUGGAUACUUGAAGUAACCUUGUGAACCAUCGCUCUCUGUGUUGUUGGUCGAGCCGGACCGUCUCUAUAGCUAGCGACACCAAGUCUGCUCUUACCAGUUGCUUUUGCGUCUUCAACACUACAACGACGAGACGUCGACGACGACGAAGAAGAAGAAGAACAGUGCAAUUCGCUGGAUGAUGACAAUUCGCCGCACAACGUAAUAAUAAUAAUAAUAAUAACAACUACGAUAAUAUAGUUCUAGUGUGCUGUGCAAAGUGAGACUUUACUAAUAAAAAGUGACGAUCGUGUGGGCGUAGUUUCCUUAUUUUCGCGGCCGGAAUCUUCGCCGUGAACUCACGGAUAUUCUUCUCCAUCUAAUCUCUCUAUCCGCGGUUUAUAUUGUUGUUGUCGGUUUUUCCCAUGCAAGUGCCGUGCGUGCUAUGAUCAAAGUGUGCGCUUGUGGCCUGUGUUCGUUACUCCUGUCUUGUCCGCAGGAUCUUUUCCAGAACUACUACGGCCAUGUAGCUUGUUGGCGCGACCGCUCUUUUUGCCGUCGUCCCAUUAUCAAGUUACUCCACUGAAAACGCACGCGAAAUCGUAAAAUACAACCACCGACAUCCCUCAACUUGUUAUUCGUUUCAUAAGGCAAAGCUGUGUUUUGACAAUGCAACUGGCAAACCUGUGUUGGCUACUGCUAAUAAUCCUAUUGGACUGUUGCUGUACGUUAGCGUCUAUAUCGAUUCCUGAAGAAGCCAAAGCUGAGGUUGAAGCCAACCUUCUUUCACUGUUUGGAUUUAGGAAACGACCAAAAGUAGACAGGACAAAAAUCCUUAUCCCUCAAGCCAUGAUUCAAUUGUACGAAAAACAGACCAGACAACGACUUGAUACCGCAUCUAUACCAAAACCUGGUCUAUACACCAAAAGUGCCAACACCGUACGGAGUUUCACACAUGUUGAAAGUCCGAUUGACAAUCAGUUUCCCAGCCAUCAUAAAUUUCGAGUUAGCUUCGAUAUUUCCACCAUUCCAAAAACAGAGAAGUUGAAGGCAGCAGAACUGACCUUCAGCCGUGACCCUAUUAACUGGACAUUGCCUCAAACGGGCAAAACGCAUACUUACUAUCAACGCAUUCUGGUAAAAGACAUCCUGAAGCCAGGCAACGGAAAAAAACAAGGACCAAUCACGAGGUUGAUAGAUUCCAAAGUAAUUGACACGAGGCAAAGUAGCAUCGUCAGUGUUGACGUGCUUCCCGCUGUAACAAGGUGGUUAGAGUUCCCUAUGCAAAAUUAUGGUCUCCUAAUUCAAGUCCUCGGCCCGAAAGACAAGAAAACCCUUCCCGUUCGACACCUUCGGUUACGAAGGGAUCUGAACGAGAACGACAUCAACUGGAGUCGUACGCAACCAUUGCUAUUUACUUAUACUGACGAUGGUAAGAAUAAACAAGCCCUUGGCGAAGAACUGGCGCAGAAAAGGUCGAGAAGAGCGAUGAACAAGAAACACAGAAGGAAAAGUGAAAAGUGUAAAAGGCACCCCAUGUACGUGGACUUCGCGGAAGUCGGAUGGAAUGAUUGGAUCGUGGCACCACCCGGUUAUGACGCUUAUUAUUGCCACGGCGAAUGUUCUUACCCGAUGGCAGAGCAUUUGAACACGACAAAUCACGCGAUCGUGCAAAGUCUUGUAAAUUCCGCGAAUCCUAGCAAAGUGCCGAAAGCCUGUUGCGUACCGACGCAACUUAAUUCGAUAUCGAUGUUGUACUUAGACGAAGAUCAGAAAGUUGUACUGAAGAAUUACAAAGAGAUGACUGUGGUAGGUUGCGGGUGCCGGUAGUGCACAGAUUCCAACGGUAUCUUGUCAACUCUCACUGUGAUCUUAUUUUUUUAGUCUACCACACGGACAAAACUGUGCGUUACUGUUUAUAACAGUGUAAAUUGUUCGAAAAGAAGCGAAAGCCUUGUGCUCACGACAAAACCUUAAGUAUCUGUGUGUGGCAUUCCCCCAGUGAAUUAUGAAAAACAAAAAAAGAAUGACAAAAAACGAAAAAUGUUUCGUGACAUUUCUUAAAUCGCGAUGCAUUGCUGGAAAUCAUCGUGUUUGGAGCUGUGAUUUAUUAUUGUUAAGGAUAAUUUUAUAUAUUUUAUUUAUGUUGUAAAUAAACUUGAGCGGCGUGUUUCAAGGCGUACGACGUUUAUAUGUAAAUAGACAGUGACACCUGCGGUAUGAAAUAAACAAAAUCGAAAUAAUUCAUACUUGAAACAGAAGGUGUUUACAAAAGUAUUUAUUAUUGCAAUACCUUGAAUAGUGUCAUUAUUCAAAAUGAGUCAUUGUAAUAUAUUAGUACCUGGUUAGGAUAUAUUUAUUACCUAGUUUGUGAGAUUGUUCAUAGUGUACAGAGACCACCUGUGUAUAAUGCUUUAGUCUAGGAUAAUUUUGUACAGGCUGUAUAUAUAAUUACAGAAAUAUAUAUUAUA